AUGGCGAAGAAGGACAGAAAGCUUCAGCGGAAGAAGGAGGAGGAGGAGCUCUCUCUGAUUGCCCAGCGGCUAGCGCUGUGGCCGGCGAACCUGGAGCCGUCCAAGUUCGCCGAACUCCCCAUCUCCGAGGCCACGCUCAAGGGGCUCAAAGGCGCCCUGUUUGUCCAAAUGACGGAUGUCCAGCGGAAAACUAUCAUCCCCGCGCUCAAAGGCGACGACAUCUUAGCCACUGCCAAGACGGGUUCGGGGAAAACGCUUGCUUUCUUAGUGCCCGUCAUCGAGGCGCUUAAUCGGGCGCAGAUCACCGAGUUCGAUGGGUUGGCAGCGUUAAUCGUGUCCCCCACUCGUGAAUUGGCAGUGCAGAUCUUCGAAGUGCUUACCAAGAUCGGGAAAUACAACUCGUUCUCGGCUGGUUUGGUCACUGGGGGUAAGGACGUCAAGUUUGAGAAGGAUAGAGUGCUGAGGAUGAAUAUCCUUGUGGGUACUCCGGGGCGGAUCUCGCAACAUUUGAACGAAGCCGUGGGUAUGGAAACUCUGAAUUUACAAGUGUUGGUGCUUGACGAAGCCGACCGGUGUCUCGAUAUGGGGUUCAAGCGUCAGAUCGACGCCAUCGUUGGCCAUCUCCCUCUCGAUAGACAGACGCUUUUGUUCAGUGCCACCACCCUGGACUCAGUCAACGACUUAGCACGGUUAUCCCUUGUCAACCCUAGAAAGAUCGGGGUGUCCCAGGACCAGGCGGCUACCCCGGACUCGUUGGACCAGUACUACGUUAAGGUGCCGUUGGAAGAGAAGUUGGAUGUGUUGUGGAGUUUCAUCAAACUGCAUUUGAAGCUGAAGAUCCUUGUGUUUUUCCUGAGUUCAAAACAAGUGCAAUACGCUUACGAGCUGUUCCGUCAGCUCCAACCUGGUAUUUCGCUUUUGAAGCUUUAUGGUCGUCAUAAGCAAACCCUGCGGAUUGAGACCACCGUCAAGUUCAGUCACGCCCAGUACGCGUGUCUUUUCGCCACCGAUAUUGUCGCUCGGGGGCUUGACUUCCCCCUGAUUGACUGGGUCAUCCAGGUGGACUGUCCCGAAGACCCUCAAACCUAUGUCCACCGUGUGGGUAGAGCGGCGAGAUUUGGUAAGCUGGGUAAGCUGAUGCUUAUGCUCACCCCUACCGAAGAAGAACCUUUCUUGGCUAAGCUCCACGCAGCCAAGAUCGACCCCAAAUUGAUGACGAUUCGCGGUAAGGCCAAGAAGACGAUCAGACCCCAAUUACAGCUGCUUUGUUUCAAAGACCCCGUGCUCAAAAACUUGGCGCAAAGGGCAUUCAUCUCUUACUUCCGCUCAGUGUACGUGCAAAAGGAUAAACUGGUAUUUUCCGUCGAGGCUCUUCCCGUCGACAAGUUUGCCUCGUCGCUUGGUCUCCCAGGGGCGCCUAAGAUUAAGAUGGGUCUGUUGAACCACGAUAAGAAGAACGUCAACCGCAAGUUGGCCCAAUUAGAAAAGGCUAACGAUGAUGGUGAGAUCGAAGAGACUAAGAAGACGCGUACUAAAUACGACCGGAUGUUUGAACGUCAAAACCAAACGGUGUUGCUGAGCAAUUUCCGUAAGAUGACUGAGGACGGUGAAGAAGACAGCGAGGACGACUUUAUGCUGAUUAAGCGUCAAGACCACGCGUUGGAGGACGGUGACAUCCCUGACUUGCUGGUGCCAGUGCUGAAACGACAAGCGAAGCGGGCGCUUCUGCGGGCGGCAUCAGCGAAGGCGCUGGGUGAGCUGGCGACUAAGCUUAAGUUUGACGACGACGGUGUGGCUCACCCGAUCUACGAGCUCCAGGACGAAGCCGAUUUCAGAGCUGAGGGUGAUGCUCUGGCGUUGAAAGAAGAGUUCGUGACUAAGGGGGCCGAACAGUUGGCGGAAGCCGACGUUGACGAUAAAGCUUUGGCUAAGCAGAAGCGUCAAGAGAAGAAACGGAAGCGACUCGAAGCUGAGCGUCGCGCGUGGGAGGCCCAACUUGAUGCCGAUAUGGAGCUGGGUGACGAUGGUGAGGAGGAAGCGCAACCCAAGCGCGCCAAAUGGUGGAAGGACGAAGAGGACGAGGACAAGGCUCGCGACGAUAUUGUCGAAGUGGACGAACCGGAAACGGUGGAAGACUUGGAAGCCUUGGCCGAGAGAUUGAUUGGUUAG